UUGGUCACAUUGAUUUGUGAUAAGCAUCGUGCGGCGACUUUUGGUUGUGUUUUUAAACAAUUAUUGCCGAUAGAGUGGGCCGGCUAUAAAAAUAAAUUAAGAAAAAUAUAGCCAAGAAAGCCAGUUACCCCAGAAGUACAGCCAAAAUGUCGUUUCUACUGAAAGCAGCAGCCACAGCCCGUCAAAUCGUUCAUAAGGUUCCCGUGCGCCAUCUGAAUCUCCUGGAGUUUCAGAGCAAGGAUCUCCUCCAGAAAUACGGAGUGGCCAUCCAGCAGUUCAAGGUUUUGGAUAACUCCAAGGCAGACACGGAAGUCUUCAAGACUUUUGAAUGCCCCGAAUAUGUGGUGAAGGCGCAGAUUCUGGCCGGUGGGCGUGGUAAGGGAACUUUCGACAACGGUUUCAAAGGCGGCGUUCAUAUCACUUCAAACAAGAGCGAAGUGCUUUCGCUUACCAAGCAGAUGAUAGGAAACCGGCUGAUAACGAAGCAAACGCCCAAAUCGGGAAUUCUGGUCAACAAGGUCAUGGUGGCGCGCAGUAUAAACAUUACCCGGGAGACCUACCUCUGCAUCUUGUUGGAUCGGGAGCACAAUGGCCCCGUGCUCAUCGCCUCUCCCGCUGGAGGCAUGGAUAUCGAGGCGGUGGCCGAGGAAACACCGGAGAAAAUUAAGACUGUUCCGCUGAGCAUUGAUAAACCGAUUCCAGAGGCGACGCUCCUGGAGGUGGCCAAGUUCUUGGAGUUCAAGGGAGAAUCGGUGAAGCGUUGCGCCGAGGAAAUUCAAAAGCUCUACACUCUCUUCAAGGCUGUGGAUGCCGUACAGAUCGAGAUCAAUCCGCUGGCGGAGACGGACAAGGGAGAAGUCAUCUCGGUUGAUGCCAAACUCAACUUUGAUGACAAUGCCCAGUUCCGUCAGAAGGAUAUCUUCGCGAUGGAUGUCACCGAGGAGGAAGCCGAUCCCCGGGAAGUUGAGGCGGCCAAGUACAACCUCAACUACGUCGCCAUGGAUGGAAAUAUUGGAUGUUUGGUGAAUGGCGCUGGUUUGGCCAUGGCCACCAUGGACAUCAUCAAGCUGAAUGGCGGCGAGCCCGCCAACUUCCUGGAUGUCGGCGGUGGCGUCAAGGAGGAUCAGGUGGCCAAAGCCUUCGAGAUCCUCACCGCUGAUCCAAAGGUCAAGGGAAUCCUGGUUAAUGUUUUUGGCGGAAUUGUAAACUGUGCAACUAUCGCCAACGGCAUUGUGGCUGCCUCCAAGAAGUUGCAACUAAAUGUUCCACUGGUGGUGCGCCUGGAGGGCACCAAUGUGAACCAGGCUCGCGAAAUAUUGAAGAAUUCCGGUCUGCCUAUUCAAACUGCCAGUGAUUUGGACGAUGCCGCCAGCAAGGCGGUGGCUGCCCUUAACUAGGUGGAUUUCUAUCAAGGAGAGAAUGUCUUCCAGAUUAUCACGACGCACAUUAGCAUUUACAUGGAUAGGCCUUUUAAAUAUAAGUUUUUAUCGACAGUAUAACCAGAAUGUUAUAUUUUAAAACUAA